GGACUAGCGGCCACCGCCAGAGGCCACAGGCCAACCACUUUCUCUCUCAACACCGCUCUUGGUUUGUAAAUCCCUGCAUCCAAGGUCACGUUUGCAUUGCGUUCUCGAGCCACGGUAUUUCAACAGGUACCAGGAGGCAUACUAUCCCGAACUUAGACACAAGAAGGUCAAAAUCAAAGCUCGAAGGACCUCGAUCUGGCGCCUGUCAACGCCCACGAGACGGUCACACAGCUCAACUCUGCAUUCACUUUGAUUCGCUCAAAUCGUGCACGAGACUCCGCUAGAAUUUUCUUUAUCAUCAAGUCAACAUCAAUUCGUCAAGGACAUUUAAAUAACACGGACUUGGACUUGUUUCAACGGACGCUAUACAUCUUCCUAGAUCCUCUCUGCGACUCGCUAUACCACGGAUUUUACCCGCCAUGCCUGCACUCAACGAACUUAUUGACCAGGAGAUCUUCACGGUUCCGAGCUUCCAGCUGGAAUGUGGGGCGGUUUUGAAGGAGGUCCCGGUUGCCUACAAGACGUGGGGCAAGAUGAACGCAACGAGGGACAAUGUCAUGAUCAUUUGCCAUGCGUUUACUGGGAGUGCCGAUGUAGAGGAUUGGUGGGGACCUCUCAUGGGCCGUGGCAAGGCUUUCGAUCCCAAUCGAUUCUUCAUCUUCUGCGCAAACGUUCUCGGGUCGCCGUACGGUUCCGCUUCUCCCGUGACCAUCAACCCUGACACUGGUAAACCCUAUGGACCCAAAUUCCCCCCAACCUCGAUUCGCGACGACGUUCGCCUCCACAAGCUCGUCCUAGACCAUCUAGGAGUAUCGUCCGUCGCUGUCGUUAUUGGUGGAUCCAUGGGGGGCAUGGCUGUCCUCGAAUGGCCUCUAUGCUCGCCCAAAGGUUACAUCCGCCACGUUAUCCCUCUCGCCACCUCUGCUCGACACUCGGCCUGGUGCAUCAGCUGGGGAGAAGCGCAACGACAGUCGAUCUACAGCGAUCCAGGAUACGAAGGAGGGUUCUACCAGACCCAGCCUGCCAGUGGGCUGGCUGCGGCGCGUAUGAGCGCAUUGUUGACAUACCGAUCGAGGGAUUCGUUCGAGAGCCGGUUUGGGAGGAAGCCGCAGAAGAAUCUCGGGGGCAGGGAACCAUUGACGCCUCCCGACUCACCUCGCUCUGAGCCCCUGGACGAGCACGUCGUCCUCCACAACGAUGGCCUGCGGAACGUGAAGACCAAACCUUUGGAGAACGGCGGGGAAGUCUCGCCCAAGGAUUCCGAACCGACUUCACCAUCCGCCGAGCGAUCCAAAACCCCGCAAAUCUUCUCCGCACAGUCCUACCUCCGCUACCAAGGCGAAAAAUUCAUCAAACGCUUCGACGCCAACUGCUACAUCCAUAUCACCCGCAAACUCGAUACACACGACGUCGCCCGUGGUCGUACAGGGGAUGAAUCUUCGGAUGCACCUGGCGCCCUCGCCAAAGUCCUCGCUCAACUCCCACCAAGAGCUCUCGUGAUCAGCAUCGCGACGGACGGCUUGUUCACUCCCCUCGAACAACGAGAAAUCGCGGAGGCGAUACCCGAUGCAAAGCUGGUGACCAUUGAAAGUCCGGACGGGCACGAUGGGUUCUUGUUGGAGUUCGAGGCGAUCAAUCGUCAUGUGCUGGAGUUUUUGAAGAGAGAGUUCCCCGAGUAUUAUGUGGGUGGGGGCGAGGUGUCAAGUACACUUGAGGACGGCUUCGAGAUCAAGAAGACGAGUUUGUUUGGAGAAGCGGAGGCUGAUAUCACGAGGUGGUAG